ACUUUUCUUUUUUCAGGUUUGGCAAUGCUUUCUUACAAACUGGACAAAAAUGAAUGAUCUUGGUGAACGAUCCCCGAAGGAAAAUUUUCAUCCGAUUUAUUUUUUUCUCUAUUUUUAGUUAUUGUAACAAUGUUUUGACAAAUUGGAAUAAUUUGAACAAUCUUUGUUAAAAGCGACCUAAGAAAUAUUUGUGAGAAAUCAUUUUUAAAUUCAACAAACACUAUAAACGUAAUACAGAAGGAAAGCGACCACGCCCUGUGACAGAUCGGAAUUAUUUGAACAAUCUCUUUAGACGGUCAUCCAGGGAUGACUUCUGUGAAAAUUUGAGUUUUGCACAAUUGUUCUUUUCCUCUGCUAAAGUAACAAUACAUGGGAUGAAUUUUGGCAAACAUUCCCGUUAAGUUUUAGUCAUUAGCUGAAUUAAAAGAUGCUAUUGGAAACGACACGGGCGACACACAUAUGCUGUUGGGAAAAGCUCAAAUGGCAUCGUCUUCCUAUAUACGUUUUACACACGAAUAAUGUUGGACCUCUAUCUUUCCCUACAGUCUUGUUGUUUUAUAUAACAACUGUAAUGAUUAUUUGAUAAUUAAAUGUUUCCUGCUGAAGUAAAAUUAUAUUCGAAAGAUCAUAAGAAAUUACCUGUAAUGCAACACAAGCUGCCAUAUCAAUCCUGUGAAUAUUAUUAAAACAGUUUUGGAUAGCAUCACAGUUAAUAACUUUCAAGUGAAUAGUUAGUCUGCUCUAAAAAUUAUAAAGUAACAUUUUUAUAUAUCGUUGGCUACUGAACCGAGUCAUUGUGUGUUUCUGUGUGGGACGGAUUAACGAGAAGACGUUGAUUGCAAAUACAAAAGAAUGGGUAACAAAGCAUCAUUUCCUGUAGUACCAACUUCUCAGGAUCGAAUUGUCAUGGUAACUGGUGCAAACUGUGGAAUAGGUUAUGAAAUUGCUAAAUGGACAGCGAUGAUGGGGGCUACUGUCAUUUUAGCCUGUAGAUCUGAGGAAAAAGCUAGGGCAGCGAUUGAGAAAAUGGAAAAAGAAUUCACAGAAGAAAAAGCAAGAGGGACAUCUAAACUCACUGAAAGGGCAAGGUUGGCCAUUGAAUUUAUGAAAGUUGAUUUAGGAUCAUUCAAGUCUGUUGACCAUUUUUGCGAAGAAUAUAAGAAAAGUGGGCGUCCGCUACAUGUGUUGGUUUGCAACGCUGGUAUAGCGUCAAUACCGUUCAUGAAAAAUGAAGAUGGACUUGAAAUGAUUCUACAAGUAAAUUACUUGAGUCAUUUUCUUAUUACGGCGAAACUUUUACCUACAAUGAAGCGUUCAGGUGUAGACUGCCGCAUCAUAUUUGUCUCGAGUACUGCUGAAAAAUUAGCAAGUUUUGACAAAGAGUCCAUUAACUACACUGGUUCAGCACGAAACUACCCGGUACAUUCUUGUUACAACCGAUCGAAGCUGUACCAAGUCAUGCAAAUGUUUGCCAUGUCACGACGCCUGACUGGGACGAACAUCACAGUUAACAGUUUACAUCCAGGCAUUGUGGAGACUGAAAUAUGGCGGUACAGCAAUAGCUGGAUGACAAGAUGUCUGCUCUUUUUUGCUCGUUGCUUUUGUGUGACGAGAACCCCUAUUAACGGUGCCACUUGUGCCAUCGACCUGGCAGUUAACCCAGAGCAUACAGGAGUGUCCGGUCAUUUCUGGAAAGACUGCAAGAUGACGUCGACUUCUAGGCUGUCCAGGAACGAAGAAAAACAGGAGGCUUUAUGGAAUGCAUCCUUCAAUUUUGUAAAUGAGUAUCUUACAAUGGAAGAGAUCAAUUGUAUGGAAGGGGAAAACAGGAACAUUUAAAAAUGAACAUGAAUCAAACAUUACAAAGAUGUAGUUUGUUUGCAAAAUAUACUCUCGAAAAGCUGUUUUCUCCUAAUUAAAAACUAAUAUACAUCAGUCUAUAAUAGUAUGAGAGUCACUCAAUAUAUAAUACAAGCACUGCUGUAACAUUUUACAGUUUAGAUAAAUACAUUUUUAUUUGGUUAAAAGCAUCCCUAACAAUUGACUUCUGGUGCUUCAAACUGUAUGGGUAAUUGUAAAUUUAGUCUACAUUUUUGUUGUUGCCUAGCAACGAAAGAAUGUCUGUAAAUCCUGUCUGGCCUUGUUUCAAGGGUUCCAACAAGCACGCAGUAAAAUCUUGAUAAAUGAUUCCGUUUUAAACUAAUGUGACAAUAUGACAAACCUUGUAUAAAGUGAAAAUAAUGUCGUUGACAAAAAGAUUAAUAUUUUAGAAUUGCUAUGAAUGUUUAUAUCCCGUCGCAUGACAACAGUACUCUCCAUGUUUUCCAUCAGAGUGAUUUGACACAUGAACUUGAGAUUUAUGCAAUAUAUUUUGAAAGAUAUUUGGAGAGCUGUAAUAUUUAUUGAUUGACCCUCGCAUGGCAUAAAGGGUUUUAGUUUUACUAUUAGAAGUACUAAACUAUCUUGGUACCAUAACUUCAACUAUUGCUUCUAUUAGUCAAUAGUGCUACAUUAUACCACUUUCCUUCUUCUAUUAAAAGCAUUACCCUACUACUAUUCAUACCACCACUCUACAUCUGUUCAUACCAUCCUUCAUACCACCACUAUACUUCUAUUCAUACCACCACUAUACUUCUAUUCAUACCACCACUAUACUUCUAUUCAUACCACCACUCUACUACUAUUCAUAUCACCACUCUACUACUAUUCAUACCACCACUCUACUACUAUUCAUAUCACCACUCUACUACUAUUCAUACUAUCACUCUACUACUAUUCCACUGCAAUGUAUACCCUUCUAGAGUUUAUACUACUACUCUACUACUCUUUAUAAUGGUACCAUACUACUACAUUACUAGUAUUUGCUGCUAUUCAUACUACUAUGCUAUAACUUUAUACUACCGCUCUACUACUAUUUAUAUUACUACCUUACUAUUAUUUAUACAACUAUCAUAUUACUAUUUAUAUUACUACCUUACUACUAUUUAUAUUACUGCCCAAAUACUAUUUAUAUUGCUACCUUACUACUAUUUAUACUACUAUAAUACUAUUAUUUAUACAUCUGACAUACCACUGCAGUACUACUUUUUAUACUGCUGCUCUACUACUAUUUAUAGUACAACCCUUCUACUAUUUACCCUACUUCUCUACCACAAUUUAUACUACUAGUCGAACUGCUUCUACUACUACUCAUAACAAGAAAUUCAAUAAUUUGAAAUGUACGUCUUAUCUCAAUCAUUUAAAUAAACUUAUAUUAUACUAGGUAAAAAGUUUAUUUUAUAACUAUUCAGGGGCUAUUACUGCAAUAUGUAUAAAUAAAGC